AGAACUUCGCGGAGGAUCCACGUUUCGUGUUUCGCGUUGAUGAAGAGGACUCCACAUCAACAAAUUAAACUCUGGAUCCGUCCAAAGUUUUUUGGGAAGGAAACAGAUUAAGGUACUGAAUCCUCCCUUCUAUGUUUCGCGAGCCGGCGGCGUUACGGGGAUGUCCCUGCAGCGCUCGGUGGGGGACCUGGUCCCCCAGGACAUCGCGGAGAUCCUGGCGCGGGAGCGGCACGGCAGCAAGGGCCGGAAGCGCCGCGGCGGCUCGCUGGGCCGCGCCUUCCGCUGGCUGAAGGCCCGCCGGAAGAAGAAGGGCGCGGCCGCCGGCGGCGGCGGCGCCAACGGGCUGGCGAGGGUGGCGGGAGACGGCAGGGUGGGGAAGCACGCCCACCAGCACGGCCACGACGCGGCCAAAGGUCUUCCUAAACAGGAGCAGGAGACUAGGCCCAGCCUCUCUCCGCUGUACCCAGAGAAUGUUUUCGUCGAGGGCGACCGGCCUCAGUUCCUGCAGGACCUGCACACUGAGGCCCAGGAGGGGCUCAAAAUCCAGCAGCAGGAGGAAAAUGGGAUGGACUACCAGGAUGACGAGAGCAUGGUUUCUACGACCACCCUGCAGACGGGGGAUGACACCAGCCUGGCCAGCAGCAUGAGAACCGUGGGGUCCGGGGACACCACCGACGCCAUGUCAUCCGUCUCCACGGUUUCUGGCGUUUCUGCCGUUUCCCCGGUUUCCGAAGUCUCUGCCGUUUCCGUUGCCUCCACUGCUUCCACCAGGUCCUCGCGCCUCACGCGGUCAGGGCUCACCAGGCAAGCCUCCACCUUCAAGCCCCUGAGUGGCAGCAGGAGGCCAGAGAAGGGCAGGAGGCGCAGCAAGCGGGCCACGGUGGCGGGGAUCCCCCAGCACGUCCAGAGGGAGCUGGGGCUGGACAGGGAGCGCUGGCAGACCUCGCCCACGGAGGGGCAGCUGCCGAACGGGCAGGACGUGGAGGAGGAAGUGGACGUGCUGCCGGACCCCGGCGGCACCCCGGAGGGCGUGCGGAUCCACCUGGCGGCGCUGGAGGGGCUGGAGUCCGCCGAGGAGCAGCAGCUGCUCCGGCGCCACCUGCAGGCGGUGUACCGCGACGACCUGGCCAUGGCGCGCACCGCCGGGCCCCGCCUCUCCCCGGGCCGCCGCGUCAAAUCCGUGGCGGUCCCGGGCUUGACCACGGCCGCGCCCGCCACCCUGUCCGCCGCCCCCCCGCCCGCCAGCAGCCCGGCGGACCCCUACCCGUCCAGCCCGGUCAUGUACAUCUCCCCCCAGGCCACCUACAUGUCCAAGAUCAUCCCCAACGCCGUGCUGCCCGGCGACGUGGACGUGAUCGAGAUCAGCAGGAAGGGGCGGAGCCGGGGCAGCAUGCGCACGCUCAGCAAGACCAGCCUGACCGCGCCCAGCCCCGCCCUCUCCCGCGCCUCCUGGACCGGCUCCGACUCCUCCCACACCGUCGUCUCCGACUCCUCCACCAUUUCCUCGGGCGGGGGGCGUGGCCGGCGGAAGAAGCAGGGGGCGGGGCCUCCGGGCGGAGCGCACCCGGCCAGCCCGGACCAGGUGAGCCUGCACAGCUCCAUCAGCUACUCCAGCAACAUCACCUCCGUCAGCCAGGUGGGCGGGGACAGCCGCAGGAGCGACGCCUAUUUCGGGCGGAGCCUGUCGGUGAAGAAGACGAAGAAGGACCCGCCGGCCCCGCCCCGCCGCACCAACUCCCUGCACCCCAGCAGGCUGAGGCGGCGCUCGCGGGACGUGCCGGACGCCCCCGCCCCGUCCCCGAGCCUGGCCUACUCCGCCGACCAAUCGCAGGUCUCCUCCUCCUCCUCCUCCUCCUCUACGGUGGCCAGCCUGCCCAAGAUGCAGGGUAACGGGUUCCACAGGACCCUGUCCCCCUCCAGCGGCUACUGCAGCCAGAGCCCCGUGCCCACGCUGUCCCCCUACUCUGGAAACCCCACCCAGCAGCGAGCUCCGCCCGCCCUGCCCAAGGCCUCUUCUCUCAUGACGGCCGUCCUCGGUUUUGGGGGCGCCCCCCCGGACGUUCCAGCGCACCCUAAAGUGAAGGCGCCCACACCCCCGCCCCCCGAGACCUGGAUCCACGACCAGCGGAGCUUCGACCUGCUGUGCGGCCCCCUGAGCGUGCAGAGGAACCUCUUCGUGGCCCUGCAGAAGGUCCGGCUGGAGAGGCAGCGGAGGCAGGCGCAGUGCCCCCUGGUGGCCGGAGGGGAAGCUUCGGCAGCGGGCCAGAGGAAAGAACCGCCCCCGGUCAUGAAAAAGACCGGCUUGGUUAAAACGGAGGUGCUCAAACACGCCGGUCCCGCGGCGGUGAGGAAGGGUAGCCCGCUGACGCAGGUCUAUGUGCAGACCCCGCCUCCUUCUCCUCCCCCCGCCCAUCACCCCCCGCCCCCGCCAGCCAAGGAAACGCCUCCCUCCUCGGUAUCGGAUUCGGCCUGGCCCCUCCCCCCGCCGCCCGCGGUGGAGCUCCUGCCGGCGGCCGUGUUUGAAGGGCCGGACGAGACCGACUUCCUCCCGCCCCCCCCUUUGCAGGAGGGAGCGGGCAGCCCCCCCGUCUCGGCCAACGUUCAGCUUGUGCCCCCCGUGAAAACGACGCCGCUGGUAACGGCGCCCCCCACAUUGGUUACCGUAAAAUCCAUGCCGCCGGCUGCCCAGGAAGGCACGCCACCCGCUGCCAUAGUGACUGCUGUCAAGGCGAUUAUGCCCAACAACACAGCAAAGGUGACCCAGGCAUCGGCUGAGCCAGGAAGACCUCCUCCCUGUAGUACCAAUUCGCUAGAAAUGUCACUUUUACUACAGGGAAUCCCUCCCCCUCCAAAGGAAGCCCCGCCCCCUCCACCAGAUGCUCGAUCUGUACUACAGGGAGUCCCUCCCCCUCCACUGGGAAUUCCACCCCCUCCACAAGAAGCCCCGCCCCUUCCACCAGAAACCCGGCCUGUACUCCAGGGAGUCCCUCUCCCUCCACUGGGAAUCCCUCCCCCUCCACAAGAAGCCCCGCCCCCUCCACCAGAAGCCCCACCUGUAUUAAAGGAAGUCCAUCCCCCUCCACAGAAAGCCCCACCUGUACCACAGGAAGUCUUGCUCCCUCCACAGGAAGCCCCGCCUGUACCACAGGAAGUCCUGCCCCCUCCACAGGAAGCCCCACCUGUAACACUGGAAGUCCUGCCCCCUCCACAUGAAGCCCCACCUGUAACACAGGAAGUCCUGCCCCUUUCACAGGAAGCCCCAACUGUACCACAGGAAGUCCUGCUCCCUCUACAGGAAGCUCCACCUGUACCACAGGAAGUCCAGCCCCCUGCAGAGGAAGCUCCACCUAUACUUCAGGAAGUCGUGCCACCCACGCAGGAAGCCCCACCUGUACCACAGGAAGUCCUUCCCCCUCCAAAGGAAGCCCCUCCUGUAACACUGGAAGUCCUGCCACCUCCACAGGAAGCCCCACCUGUUCCACAGGAAGUCCUUCCCGCUCCACAGGAAGCCCCUCCUGUACCACAGGAAGUCCUGCCACCUCCACAGGAAGCCCCACCUGUACCACAGGAAGUCCCACCCCCUGCACAGGAAGCCCCACCUGUACUUCAGGAAGUCCCGCCCACUCCAGAGGAAGUCAAAACUUCAUUCCCAGCGGUGCCCACUGUGCCCCCACCUCCUCCGGCCCAGCCUUUGGAGGAGCAGACCCCUCCCACCUGUCCUGCAGAACCUGGCCCAACCAAUCAGGAGACUCAGAGCAGAGAGCCACAGGCAAAGAGCAGCCCUACUCCGAAGCGGGACGCCCGCGUUCCCAUGACUACGUCCACCCUGAUGCAGAUGGUGCGUAUGCGAGCGGGCGAGUCCACUGGAGCCCCCGUUCAGAACAGCAAGCCCAGGGACGCUGGGGAAAAACCGGGCCACGGCCAGAACCAGAACCAAAACCAGGCGGAUGGACAGAGCGCUGCUGAGAAGCCCAAGACCCUGCCUGUAACAGCUCCGCCCCCCACCAUCAACCACCCACCUCCCGCCACUGGCUCCGCCCCCUCCAUGAGGCUCCAGGAGGCCAUCCGCAUGAAGACGGCGGCCAUGUCCCGUCUGGGGUCCCGCUCGCCUCGCUCCGCCUCCCCCUCCCCCAGCCCCUCCUCCCCCUCCCCUUCCUCCCCCUCCCCCGCCUCCCCCUCCCCUGCCUCCCCCUCCCCCGCCUCCACCGCCAGCUUCAUCUUCGCCAAGAGCCCCCGAAAGGUCGUCAUAGAGACGCCCUCGUCGCCCGAGGGGCAGGCGGGGCUGAAGGCGGAUCUCGCGGCCGAGCUGGCGCGGGUCACCGGUCCCGCCAAAAACGCCAAGGUCCCGCCCCCUGUGGCCAAGAAGCCCGCGCAGCACACUGACCAGGCCCCGCCUCCCGACCAAACGGCGACCGAAAAUGGCGGGGUGGCCGCGCCCGCCGAGGAGACGCCAGGAGCUCUUCCAAAGGAGAACCCCGAAUCAUCAAAUGCCAAACCAGCAGGUGGCGCACAGCCCGCAAGCACAGACCAAGUGACCUUAUCGCCACCGCCUUGAUCAAUGGACCGACUGACCAAUCAGGACUGUGGGACAUAGUCUCUCAUUGGCCAUUUGUGAGGGAGGUGAAUUAAGUGCAGGUGUCAAGAGAAGGGGGAAAAAAGAAAGUCAGAGAAAGUGAGAGAUGGAGAUGGAGAGGGAGAGGAGAGAAAAGAAAGAAAAGACAUGGAACCAUUGGGAAAAAAAGACUGAAGCCUUGAGAAGACUUGGUGGCCUUAUAACAGCCUUUGUGUUUAUGCAAGAAAGGUGUUGGUCUUUAAUUUCUUAUUAAGUUACAGCUUUUUUGAGCAUUUUUCUGAAUUCCAGAAAGACAUUACUCUGGCUGCUGCCGAAUGCCAUGUCUCCUGGCACAGGGUGGACAAAAAACAUUUGUUUCUGAGGAGUUUUGCUGAAUUCACUGGCAGUUUGGUGAGGCGGUUGCACACAAGGUUUCUCUCUAGUGGUGCAAGAGGAGGAUGACCACCAAGACAUGGUUCAGGUGUGCUUGUUGCUUUGUAUUCAUAAAAAACUGGACACUAUAUCACUUAAAAUAUGCACUAUUCUUUCAUCUAGUUGUUCUGUUAAUCAUCAAAAUCAUCACUGUCGUCACAAUUAAACUAAUUGUUUCCUGUAUAUCACAUAAGCCAUCCAAUCCAAUAUGGAAACACAAAUAUGAGUAUUUUCUUUUCUUAUUUUUAGUGUGGUUUCAUCAUUGUAAUUUAGUGGUCUGUUUUUGUGUAGGAAUGAGUAGCCUAUUCCGGCCGGGGAGUCCUGCAUUCACUACAAAGAAAAGAGUAUAUUUACAGAGCUAAGCUACAACAGCACUUUGUGCGGUAAAUGAGCCGCACCUUGUUUUUUAUGGUUGUUUUUUUUUAUUUUUUAUUUUAAUAUUCCUUAAGAUAGCAUUAUGGCACAGCCAUUUUUGAGACCUGUAUUAUGUUAAAUGUGGGCUGGAACUGCUGUUCAUCUUAACUGCUGCGGGGAGUGGGGGGGUGGGGGGGGGGAUGCAUGGCUUUUAAACUCUGUUCCCCUUCAGAGCUCAUGCAGUACAUACACACCUGCUCUACAGGGCCUGUUACACUGUCUGAUUCGAAACCACCACGGUUUUUUCUGUGUGCACCUGAUGUCAUGUCUCGAACCCGUCUCCCUGAACAGGUGCCCCCUCUCCCAUUUUCCCCACAGACUCUCGUUAAAAGACGGUUUGCUCCCUGAAGAGGUUGGUGUUACAGGCAGACAUAAACUUAACAUGAAAAAGUAUUUUUUUUAAAUCAGAUCAUAAAUUUCAUUUACCUUUGUUUCCUGUUGGUAAAAUACCGUUUUCUUCUCUCGUACUAAGUAACAUAUGGUUAUAUGUAUGCGGUGUCCUUUAUGUAAUUUUUUUUUUGAUAAUCGUUUUCUUCUUGUAAAUUUAAAAUGAAUAGACAACAGUGUUGCUCAGUUCAGAGGGCGUGGUCACAGGACACAUGGGCGGACCGAAGGUGGACAGGAGAGCUGUUGAUAUAUAGCCACACCCCCUUCAUGUGAGGUGUAUUUUAGCCACACAAGACUAACCUUGCCCA